ACUUCCGGACUUCUUGUGUCGCUGAGGCCGCAGGCUGCUCAGCGAAAUGGCUGCAUUCCUGAGAGCUCGUAAAUAUGUUCGUUGUGUUGUCCGCUUCUCCGACCGUGAACUGUAAACUCUAGUAGUGUUUUGCGAGCUGUGAGGAUUAAAAAAAAACCCAGAGAGCCACCUGCCCAGCUGUCAUGGCUGAAGAACCUGCAGAAAUCACAGGUACGAUUGAGAUUGAGGAUGAUGAUGAAGGUUCAGACGACCCAAACCUUCAGGUGCAGCUCAACGCGUUCAGAGUUCAGUGGAUGUCAGAGCUCAAGCCGAGCUCUGGAGGAAGCGCGCGAGCUAAAGGUCUGAAGAAGGCACAAGAUAUAGCUCGGGAGGAAAAAGCAGCAGAGCUGUUCUUGAGAGCUGUUGAGGAGGAACAAAAUGGAGCCGUCUAUGAAGCUAUCAAGUUCUAUCGCAUGGCCAUGCAGCUCGUUCCUGACAUUGAGUUUAGAAUCAACUACAACCGUCCUCCUGACGCAGACCGAGCUGGAGGAAAAUACAUGGAGGACAAUGAUGUCGAUAGUGAGAUCGAGGAUCUACUCGACUACUUUGAGGAGCAGCUCACUCUGGAGAGCUCCUUUCCAAAGAUCUGCACUCCUGAGCUGGAGUUGACUCGGAUGCACAUUUCAGCAUUGCCUCGGGAAAUCCUGAUGUACAUCUUUCGUUGGGUUGUGUCGAGUGAUCUGGACAUGCGAGCCCUGGAGCAGCUCUCGUUGGUGUGCCGCGGGUUUUACAUUUGUGCCAGAGACCCUGAGAUUUGGCACUUGGCCUGCGUGAGAGUGUGGGGACGCAACUGCACCAAAGUUGUACCCUUCAAAUCCUGGAGGGAGAUGUUUCUGCAGAGGCCUCGAGUCCGUUUUGAUGGUGUCUAUAUCAGCAAGACGUCAUACAUUCGUCAAGGAGAGGAAUCACUGGAUGGAUUUUACAGGGCUUGGCACCAUGUAGAGUACUACAGGUACCUGCGCUUCUUUCCUGACGGUCACGUCAUCAUGCUGACCACCCCGGAGGACCCUCUGACUGUCAUCCCACGCUUGCGUACCAAGAACACCAGAAUGGAAUCUGCUCUGCUGGGUCAUUUCCGUCUGUCACAGGAGACGGACAAUCAAACCAAAGUUUUUGCUGUCGUUUGCAAGAAAAAGGAGGAGAAAGCGGCCGAGUUUCAAAGGAAUCGGUUCUGCAGGCGGAACCCACCUCCGGAGGCUGAGCACAGCUUCCACGUGGGACUGCAUCUGGCCUCUGGGGGGCGGCAGAGCUUCAGCAAGCUGGUGUGGAUCCACCACUCCUGCCACAUCACUUACAAGCUGACUGGAGAAACGGUGGUCACAGCUUUCGACCUGGACAGGAUGUACGCGCCCUUCUUCUUUGCACGUGUGAAGAGUUACACGGCGUUCUCCGAGCAGCCUCUGUGAGGGGAGACCUGCACGUGAACCCACAAAGACCACGGAGAAAGUCCAAUCACCACGUCAACAAAGCGCAUACUACUCAGCCUUUUUAAUUUAUGCUGCAGCUGGAUAACGGUGGUAAUAGCAUGCUAUGUUUCAGGUUUACAAAGUAGAGAAUGACUUAUUUUCUUAUUUCAGAACUUAUAAUGAUGUGCUGCGAGUUUGAUGGUUAGCAAAACUCCCGCCUGUUUAAAGUAAUGAACCUUCAUGCUGGUGUUGUUUCAUGAUGCACUCUCCAUCAAAUAAACUGGUGUACACACUGA